CCUGCUGAAAGCAAGCUGGGCGCUUGCUCUGCUUUCCGCGGACACGGCGUAGGUUCCCUUUUGUUAGUUUCUCUCCCUUCGACUCGCAGUGAAAGCCAGGUUGGGCACCGCGGCUGGGCAGAGGGAGGGAGAGAGGGAGGGCGGCGUUCGUUCGUCCGUCCGUCUCUCCGUUUACAACAAACCCAGCCCUUAAAGAGUGUGCGGGGAGGAGGGGAGCGGGAAAAGCAGAGCCAAGCAUCUCCCGUCAAUCUGGGCUCCGCUGGCGAGGGCGAAGGUAGAGUCGGGCUGAGUGCGCGCGCGGCUCGUGGCUCGCUGCUCGCCCCCGGGGCCGCCCACCGCGUGUUUCCUCGACAGCAGCCAGCCUGGGAGAACGCGCCGCACCUUCGAGACAGCCAAUGAGCUGGAUCGCGACCUCCCGGGCCUGGCCCAGGUGCUGCUAGAGAAGGCGACUCUUCCCCGCAGGUUGCUGCAGGGGGAGCGAUCCCCAUUCCCUGUAGCGCGCAGCGAGGAAAUCAGGACAAAGGAGCGUUGCGGGGAGGCAGGACGGAAAUCCUCCCCGGGGGAAUAAAAGGGGCAUAUUCUUCAAGUGCAAAAAGCCACCUCCGGACAGCGCGAUUCAAGGGCGCUUUUAAGCAGCCGCUAGCUCUCCUUGCGAGUUGCAGGUUGCUGCGGGCGGGAUCCGGAUGGGCUGGGACAGGCGCCAGGGCCUGCUCCGUUAAGGGCAAGGCGCUCCAUGCUCUUCCCCUCACGCGGUGCUUCCCCCGUCUCUGCCCCCAAAUGACCCUGCGCUCGGCCGAAUCCUCGGAUAGCACCGACAGGGCUGGGCCCCAGUGGGAGGCUGGGGGAGCAGCAGCGGAGUCUUCCGAGGUGGAACGUUUGAACUUGGCCAUGCGGGAAUUGAGACGCGCAGGAUGGUACUGGGGUAACAUGAGUGUUGCAGAAGCCAAAGAGAGAUUACAGGAUACCUCUGAAGGAACUUUCUUGGUCAGAGACAGCUCUCACUCAGAGUACCUGCUUACUAUUUCAGUCAAAACAUCAGCAGGACCUACUAACCUGCGCAUAGAAUUUCAAGAUGGUAAAUUCCGGCUGGAUUCUAUUAUCUGUGUUCGAUCGAGGCUCCGGCAGUUUGACAGUGUGGUCCACUUGAUUGAAUACUAUGUUCUUAUGUGCAAGGAUAGAAGAACCGUUUCUGAAAUGCCUUCCAAUGGAACAGUCCAUCUGUAUUUGAAUAAACCCCUAUAUCAUUCAGCUCCAUCUCUACAACACCACUGUAGAGUAGCUAUAAACAGAUACACAAAUAAGAUCCAAGAACUUCCUUUACCAACAAGACUGAAGGAUUUUUUGAAAGAAUAUCAAUAUCAGGACCCACUCUUUCCCAAGUUGGUACCACCCAGAAGUAUUGGACUACAUUAUCAUCCUCCUCAUCAAGCACAGGCCAUAGCAAUUUUAAUCAGGUACAUCUCGGGGGCACCAGACUGAGGAAGCUUAAGUGUUAUAGUAGCAUUCAUGAAGUGAAACUCAUGAUGCUAAAUGGCCGGUGGGCAGUCUUAAGGACAUAAGGUGAUCACUACUGGAUCAGCCCAAGCUCCAUCUUUUCCAGCAUCAUGUUUCUACAGUAGCCAAUCAGAACCUUCUGGGAAAACCACAAGCAGGCUAUUAAGGAAAUAACUUUCCCCCAGGAUUGUUUACUAGCAACUGGUAUUACAUGGCAUGCUGUCCUGGAACCUCAAGUUUGACUAGAGCUACUUAAAUCAACUGACCAUAAGCAUAUGCUGGACUGAAAUUUAUACACUAAUUACCCCUUAUGUAAAGACGGGCUUUCUUUUGUUGAUCCUAAAUUUCAUGCUAAUCGGCGGGGGGGGUUUGGUAUGAAUGACAAAAAAAUACAUGGCUGUCUCUUCUAUGUAUAUAUUGGCUACAUAUGGUAAUUCGUUGCAGUCCUGUGUAUUUUAUGCAGAGGAAGGUCCAACCAAGUUCAAUGGAAUUUACUCUUUAGUAAGUUGGUUAGUUUUAAGUUAGGAUGCAAUCCUAUGCAUGUUUAGACAGGAAAAAAUGACUACAGCUCUCAGCAUGCCAGCUGGCCCAGACAUGCUGAGAGUUGUACAACUUGUUUCCAUCUGAACAUGGAAUAGGAUUGUGCCCCAAAAGUCUUCAUAGUUGCAUCUUAACUUUUUUCUUUCUGGUCUUCAUUCUCAUAUAUAUUUAAAUAUUUGAUGCCAAGUGGGGGGAGAAGUGGUCAAACUUUACUUAUUUUUUCCACUGCUUUUCACUGCCCUUCUAAAACUUCAGAGGUAAGAAUUGACUUGAAAGAUUACACAUGGAAUGAACAUGUAACCAGUCUUGGUCAUUUGUGAGCAUGCAUUUGUGAGAGUGAAUUCUGAGUGAUUAUAGAUAUAGCCAACAGCUAUUUCUGAGAUUGCUUCAGUGAUUUCUUCCAGAUGCUGUAUUAAUGGAAGUUAUUGCUAGCCAUAUCUGAUCAUUCAGUUCACAUACUACAUUUGUUAAAACCAGUCUGAGGUUUCUGUGAGUUGUUUUCUGUCUGUGGAAUCAGAGGAAUGGCCUGUGAGCGGUAAAGGGUUCACAACUUGAGAUAACAAUCCUUCAGAAGACAGAUGCUCAUCUAGAAUUUGACCUCACAAGAAGGGAGAUCAGCUGAGCUUAGUACAUCUUAGAAUCUACUGGGUCCUUCAAAACUGUCACUCAUGGGAAAGUGCAGCUUCCACUAGGAACUGACCAAUCAGGAAGCAGGAAGGGCUGCCUACGGCCUGGCUGAACUUACCCAAAGAAAAUGUAAAGAGAUAACACUGACAAAUAGCAAAGCCUAUUCAUGUGCUAACUUCAAAGUUUGUGCAUGUAAACACAUAAAAUGCCAGGAUCACUGCUUUAGACAAGGUGUGUGGCCUAGGUGUCUGGGUGACAUUAAUUUUAUUUGUUGCUUCAAACCACAGAAUGUAGUCUGGAAGCAACUUACAUAGACAUACACAUAUAUAGAAAACCAUAAUUAAUGUAACAGAAAAAAUAAACUAUAUUCAGCACAAAGAUACAAAUAAAAAUAAAUAUUGUAAAAGCAAUGUCAAUGGAUAUGUUAAAAUGAGCGAAGUCCAAGUUAACGGUCCAGAUACAGAACUGCUUUUCUGAAAAGAGCUAUGUACAACCAAAAUAGGAAGAGACUGAUCCUGUCACUGGUUUGUUUCCACUGUUGGUCUUACUUCGAGUAAAGCCAAUUAAAAUAAUGUGGUUUAUUUUAGAUUAACACUGAAUGCAACCCAAAAUGCUGUCUCCUUUUUAACAUGCAAGGUAUUUCCAAGUUGUAAAGUUCUUAAAGUUGGUUUUAUCAAUUUGCCUUUCGAAUAGGCCAAAUGCAUGGAAGGAAGGGGCAGAGAAAUAGCAUACAUUAGGAGCUACAUUUCAGCAGGGAAUAUGCCAAUACUGUCCUGUAGGAGAGUAUGAGUUGCGGAAUUUGGGGUAGAGCUAUCUUGUGGCAUAAUCAAGUUGGUAUGAAGAUACCAAUCCUGGAGUAUUAUACCACUGUACUUAACAGGUAGUUCCCCUCAAUCUUACACAUAUGCACAUUUCUGUAUUCAAAAGAAGCUCACUGGUUGGUGAGAACAAGUAUUAGAGCAUCUUGCCCAUUUUAGAGUCAGCAUCUUAGAGUUGCAGAAAAGACAUCACCCCUGUUCCUGAUCCCCAGUGCAGAAGGGAAUGGGAGCAAACACUCCUGACAAGAAGGACCGGAGGGACUAAAGCACUAUAGACAAGGGAUUAUGCCGCCUCCUCUUCCCUUGACUUGACUUCCCUUCCCUUGCCUCUUCCUCUUCCCUAGG